AUGCACACAUCAAAAUCCUGUGCUUCAUCAUCUCAAAACUACUGUUAUGAUGUUUUCCUUAGCUUUAGAGGCGAAGAUACACGGAAAACCUUCACUGACCACCUCUAUAAGGCUUUACGCGAUGAAGGACUGAUCGUCUUCAGAGAUCAUGAGGAGAUUGAGAGGGGAGAGGAUAUAGAAUAUGAGAUAGAAAAGGGCAUCCGGCAGUCAGGAAGUUGGAUAGUUGUGUUGUCGAAAGACUAUGCUUUCUCUAGUUGGUGCCUUGAUGAACUUGUGAUGAUUUUUGAGUGCAGGGACAAGUCGAAGCGCCUUCUGUUGCCUGUGUUCUACCAUGUUGAUCCCUCUGAUGUUCGCAAGCAAUCUGGAUUGAUUUCCGAAGCAUUUUGUAUGCAUGAAGAGAGGUUCAACAAGGAAAGGGAUGAUGCCAAAAGGAAGAUUUUGAUGGACAAGUUAAAGCGAUGGAGAAGUGCUCUUUCUCAGCUUGCCAGCUUAGAAGGCAUGCCUCUGCAAAAUAUAGCCAACGGGUAG